AUGGCAACAUUAGGUGGACCGACUUCUCGAGGAUAUGAUUCUCCUGGCCAGCGAGCCCGAAGACAAGCCGCAGAGGGCAAAUCAGCUGCAGGGGAUGGCACAAUGUCGAGGGCCCAUAUGUUUCAAGAUGAAAAAAGGAGGAUUAUGAUGAGCUGUUUCUCCAAGCAGGAUGACGAUGGCGCCUUGACCGAAUCGUAUAUCACUCAUAUACGAAUUACCGAAGAUGCGGCAUACCCGUCCACGCCGUCGCCACCGAACUCUCCCCCGGAGAACAAGAAACCUCGAUUGAUCAUUGUCGCGUUGAGGAAAUCAGGCCGCGUUCGUAUGCAUAAGGCUCGUGAAAAUAGCGAUGGGUCAUUUUCCAUAGGCAAAACAUGGAUGCUGGACGACUUGAACGCCAUACAAUCUUUCAGUGACUUACAGCCAUCUACUCAACUCGAACAACAGCACAAACAGUGGGCAUCGAACGUGGGAUUUGUUGUGACCGUAGGAAAACCCUACUAUUGGCAGGCGGCGAACUUCAAGGAGAAAGAUUUCUUCAUUGCCAGUCUUGUGAAAAUCUACAAAAAGUAUACAGGCGGCAGGGUUCCGAAAUUGAUUGGCUUUGACGAGAAGCAAAGGCAAGCAUUAAUUGGUGAUGUCCCUCAAGCACCACCACUGCACCCUGAACCUGUUACAAGGCAGCCAGGCCCGCCGUCUUCGCAAGGACCUCAACCGAGUCAGCUUGGGAAAAAUGAACCGAGACCACAGACGUCUGAGGAGCAGAAGCUCCGACCCCAGCCAAGUCGCGAACAGGUGCCACGACCGUCUCCAUCACCUAGCCGGCCUCCGCAUAUACCCAAAGAACGCGAUGGGUUUCCACCAAAUACCAAUGGUUUCGUGGCUGAACCACUGCCGUCAGAACGGAAUAUGGAUCUGGCCGGUCAUAAAGCUACAGAUCGAGCAGUCUCUAGAGGACGAGAAGGUGGCCCUCCCAACCUCCAACAAGCAUCCUACACCCGUGAAGCAAGGGAACCGCAUGGAGCGGGUUACAGUCAAGCCUUGGACGUCUCUCGAGAGCAACUACGUCCUGGCACAGCUGGGACUGGCUCAACGGUCCCCUUCCACAGCCAGUCUUCAGCAUUGGAACCUAAUGGUCCAGGAUCGAGACCAUCGAGCAGAGGCAAUGCGCCACCUUCUCGAGGCAGCAAUAUUUCGAAUCGAUCAUCUAGAAAUCUUGAACUGGAUAUUCCACCUUCUCUUCGACCAGGCUCAUCAGACAGUUCCAGAGUUAAGUUAUCGAUCAAGACCGAGACCGUUACCGCUAUUGCGACUUCUGAAGCUUCUAUUGUGCAGCCCGCUCAGGAACCUGUGGUCGCUCCUCCAGCUCCAUUUGAACCUGAGCCCUCGGAGCAAGCAAAAGCCCACACAGAACCUGAUCAGCAUGCCAUGUCACCCGAGGAACCAACCAUAUCACCUGUGGUAAAUGAAGAAGAAGAACCCGAAGCUCAUCGCCCUGGUCUCGGGCCUAUGAUUAAGAAGAAGUCGGCGAAAGAUGUCGCUGGCGCUUUUCGUAAGGCGGCUACCGCGUAUAACGCGUUUAAGCCCAGGGCAGGUGGUGCCGGCGAGCGCCUGCUAGCAAAGGACAAGCCUCAGGCAACAAGUGAACCCGAUGGCAUUACAGGCGUUGUACCAGCCCCAUUGUUGCGUGGUGCGAGUAGCGAAUCAACCAAGUCUCCUGCCACGCCAGAAGUAGCCAUCAGCGAGCCAAUUCCCUCAGUAGUACCUCCUGCUCAAGAGCCUCCAAAGGUUGAGAUUACUCGGGCAGACGCAGAUGAAAUUUCUCCACCACCCGUUGAUGUGACCAUCGAAGCCCCUGUUGUUCCUUUGCCCGAGACAACUGAGAAAGCUAGGUCGAGAUCCGUUUCACCUGCUCAAGAACGGCGUCGGAGACGCCGUGAAGAUAAUAUUGCGAAGUAUUGCCAAGCCCUUGAUAUUGAAACUAGUCUUCUUGCGGGUACAGAUGGUUACUUCGAUGAAAUCCUCACCGAUUUAGGUUGGAAUGGUCGUCUGAGCGACGACAAGAAAAUUGAAGAUCUAGAAGCAGAUAUUCGGAGAGAAAUUGGGCGAGUUCAAGCUAUCAGCUGGCUUGGGAAUAUUGAACAGCAAGAAGGUAAAAUUGAUCAAUUGGCAAAGCUCAUUGAUCGGACAAUCGAAGAAUGCGAGGAGCUUGAUGGUCUUUUAACGCUUUAUUCUCAUGAACUUGGGACUCUCCAUGAUGACGUUGCAUACAUCGAAGCACAAUCCCAAGGUCUUCAGGUUCAGACUGCCAACCAAAAGCUUCUUCAAAGUGAAUUGCAAAAUCUUCUACAAACACUAUCCAUUUCAACCGAGGAUCUACGACCGUUGAAAGAGGCGUCGUUAAAUGGCGCAGAUGGCAUACAUGAAACGGAAACUAGCUUGUCUAUACUCUACAAGGCAAUGUUGACCAUUGAUUCUGAUAUACAUCACAACAAAAAGCGCAUGGCCGAUGCCGCCGGUGACUCUAGUAGUGUCGGCGUCUAUGCUGAUACCGAAAUUGGGCAAAUGCGCGCAAUUCGGGAGAAGAAAGAUGAGUACCGAGCAGAGGCGCGCUAUUUCUUACAACGUCUCAGGCAGUUCAUGUCCAUCGCAUUUAAAGCCAGCGAACAGACAAGGGCGAAUAUGGCAUCAAGCUCUAUGAGCGGUGCCACGAAAUUUGAUAAUACUGCUCGCAAUGCAGCCCGUCAGGAUCUCUGGCUGUACUACGCUCUUAUGCUAUUUGCUCGGGAAGUCAGCUCAACGGAAUGGGCUAUGAUAAUCAAUUUGUACGAACAUGACGCCAAAGCGCCAUAUCAAAGCGAAAUAAGGAAUAAUAUUGCGGCUUGGAAGAAGGCCGUCAAGAAGAGCUCCGGCGAAGAAAAUGAGCUUCUUUUUACCCAUCAUGAGAAGGAAAAAGAAAGCGAAGGUAUAACUAAUGCAGCGCGUAAAUUGACUGUCAGAAGAGGCAAGACUGUUCGCGCUCCACAUGCAGCGAAACCUAUAGGUGAAAGGCAACAGGGCAGGCUAGAAGCGUUUGAGGUAUUCGCCGGUACGCUGCAUGAAACGAUCAGAAUGAUUUCUGAAGAACAAAACUUUGCUGUCCAUUUCUUUCACCUGAAUUCACUUGCAAAUGCGGAGUUCCCGGACAUUGUGUCGGCUAGUAAUCCUGAUGAGAGACGGCUUCCGGACUUCAGCUUAAAGCAAUUGCACGAUCCUGAUCGGGAACUUGCCAAACGAGUCGAGCAAAUUAUGGAUGGCAUCUUUUCGUUCUGGGCAACUGAUAUACAGAACCUUGUCGAUUGGGUCUUAAAUGUUGAUCAACUACAAGGAGUUGGAGUGUUAGCUGCCCUUGAAGGGGCGGUAUCUGAAUUUGACGAUACAAAUCAGGAUUUCAUUGUGCACACAUUACAGAAAUUGCUCAAUCGUCUGAAUGGCUUAUUCAACCGGUUCGUUGACCAGCAGAUCAGAGGAAUUGAAGAGACAAAGGUGAAAAUCAAUAAACGAAAAGGUGUUAUUUCCUUUAUGCGCACGUUUCCCAACUUUUCUGCGGCCGUUGAAAACAUGCUAGCCAGCCAAACAUCGUCUAAUUUCUCUGAUGUCCGCCUGGCUGUCAACGAAGCGUAUAAUAAAAUCAACCGUGCUAUGUGGGAAAGCUUGAAAUUCAUUGCCAAAGAAGCUCCUGGUCAAACCAAUGGAGCUACUACUGGGGUAGGUGACCCGGAAGACAAAGAAGCUCUCAACUAUCAUAUUCUUCUCAUCGAGAACAUGAAUCAUUAUAUUGAAGAAGUGGAUACCCGGAGUAUCACCGUUCUCGAACGAUGGCGUGAUCGAGCAUAUCAGGAUUAUCACGAGCAUAUGAAACUCUAUAUGGAUGCGGUCAUUCGCCGUCCUCUCGGGAAACUGCUAGACUUCAUAGAGGCAACGGAAUCCCUUCGCGCGAAUACAAGCAACCCAACAGACAUUGCCACACGUACGAGCCAUUCGAAACACGUGGUGAAGAAGUUGAUGGCGUCGUAUGAUGUCAAGGAGUUGAGACGCGGGGCAGAUCUUCUCAAGAAGCGUGUUGAGAAACAUUUUGGCGACGCAGACGACCCUGGACUUAGCCGCAGUCUUGUGUUCAAGGUGUUCAAAGAGUGUGAGAACCGAUACACGGAUGUUUAUGAUCGCACUAAAAUGAUCAUCGACAGUGUUUACGAAGGCCAGGUAGAGCUCGAUUGGGGUCGGGAUGAAGCUGGCGCACUCUUCCGGCGGUAA